AUGUGGGCUCAACCAGUGACGGUCCAAUUUCAGUCUUCCGAUCUGUCAUUGUUUGUCACCCCAACUACUAUAUCCACAACGUCGAAGCCUGACUCUGUUCCUGUACAAACCACAACAACCUCAACUGCUCUAGCGACAGCCAAUACGUCUCAGAUCCCUUCUGCUACCCAACCCACGGAAUCAAAUCAUUCCCUUUCUUCAACUGGCUUAUCGGCGGGAGCAAAAGCUGGAAUUGGAGUAGGCGCCGGCGUCGGCGGCGUCGCUAUCUUUGCCUUACUAUUCCUUGUGUUUCGGCAUCUACACAAGGCAAGAAGCAUGCGAGCGGCGAGCAAGGGGCAUUACUACCACAACACCGAAGCGCUGGGGGGCCUCGUCCCGCCGGCGGCUUCGAAUUCGCGGCAAGGGCCUCCAUCGGAAUUAGAUAACGCAGAAUCUAGCUCCCGAAAGUAUUUGCCUGAGCUUCAGGGUUGA